AUGAACACUUUCAAGAUCCACCAUGGCCGACUCGAGAAUCUUGACGAUAUCACAGGCUACCGCAGCUAUACACAUGAUAUUCUACCACAUCAAGAAUCCUCAAUCAACCCUGGUGUGCGAGAUGCUAAGUAUGUGCCUCUGCCACCUCUCCCAGUGAAGCCGCAAAUGAACAAACGCGAGCUUCGUCCAAGGCCGCGCAUGAGUUUGCCGGCUCCUCCGCAAAGCCAGGGCUCCCGUGGGGAACCCAGCAAGCGCGUGCUUCGUCCCAGGGGUCGCACCAGCUUGCCGGUUACAUCUCAAGAUCAGCGCUCUCGCUUGGAUCUCAGCAAGCUACCAAAAGAUGCUGGCUCGAACAGCCUUGGUUUAAGAGCUCACAAGGACUGGCUUCCGUUUUUAUUGCCCGAUGAGGAUCGGCAUAUCAGCAUGGAGACCAUCGCCCAGGAGACCCGACGCUUGGAAGCCUCCUGCCGUCGAUUCAAUAAAGAAAAAAAUCAGGCCUUGAAGACGACCACCAGCUGGGUCUGGGACAAAGAAAUACCUUCAGCAGCAGCGAGAAUGUCCGAAGCGAUGCCCGGCGUCGCAAUCUGGCACGUUGGCGAUCCCUCAGAGGGCAUACAGCAGUCGGAUAAUGCGAAAGGCAAACAACGAGCCUCUGACUACGAUCCAACGACUCCUACCCAGCGCAGUGUUGGACGAUGCGGAGAAUCCUACACUCAUCCUAACACUAGCAUGCAAGAGAGAGCGGCACAACCUGACCCCCUGCCCAGUUUUGAGAGCUUCGUACAGCAGACAUUUGCUGGAAUGGAGCCACCGAAAGACCAAGGUCUGUUGGGGCCGGCGAUGCCUGAUGGGACACAGGCUUCCUAUGACCGUGCUUAUGCAAGAGUGUUUCCCGGCCCGCUGAAGAGUCGAGAGGAAAUGCAAGCAAUCAUCGCAAAAAGACAUCGGGAGUUGUGA